AUGGAGAAUCGCCGGCAAAGGAGCUGCUCUGGCGAGGUGUUCUCAUUCCCAAGCACUCCGGUAGAAGACGAAGACUCCGACUUCGAGUUCGGUUCUAUUACGCCGGACUCAUCCUUCAAAAACUCUCCUGCCGACCAUUUGUUUUUCAAUGGCCGGCUCUUACCGCAUGCUUUUCCUAUUCAACCAGCCGCCAGUGUCGCUAUCGAGGGUUCUCGUACAACGAGCCGCAACAGCAGCGUUAGCAGCAAGGACUCGCUAAGGUCGUCGCGAAGUAAUAGCACGAAUAGUCGGAGCAGUAGUUGCAGCAGUGCAAGGACGAGCACGAGCGACAUGUCUGAGAGAAAAUUGUUGUACCAGUACAAAGUUGCAUCCAAAGCAACUAUGGCUAGAGAUAGACACCAAGCCUAUAAUAAAGCUCUUUCAGCACAAAUAUAUGGGUCUUCUCAAAGGUGGCAAUAUAUUACACCUGUACCUCUUUUGAGUCGCGAAGACCCUUUGCGUAGAAAGAAAUUGGCCGGGAAAGAAGCAAAACCAAAGAAACAAGUUCGGGAGAGGAAAGGGGAAAGCUUGUGGCAUUUUACUGAAUUUUUCUGGGGGAUUGUCUCGGCCUGCAAAGAAUGCCAUGCCAUGGAACCGUCGAGCAAAUUAAGAUGA